AGUCGGCACCGACGAAAGUCUGCAAAACCUCCCAACUUGAAAUUAAUUCCACCGCCAUGACACAAUCCACACAAUCCGUCCCUUCGCCCUCCUCUAGUAGUCCUCCCUCCCUCUCAGCCGGGAAAACCAAUCGAUCCCCAAACACAGAUCGCCCACAUAUUUUCGCACCGUCGUCUCUCCCUUCGAUCUUUCUCCGAAUCCCUAAGUCCAGUCGCAAACAGAGUGCUGGAUUCUGGGAAUCUUUAGGGUUUCUUCAGGACUCUCUGGAAUUGUAUGAUUGAGGCUGGUGAUGGUGAAAGCGGAGGCUGAGAGCAAGGGCGCUAGUAAGCGAUGGAGUGGGUUGGUGGUUGGAGCUCUUAUUGUCAUCUUUAUCGCCAUGGCUAUGUCUUUGGGAAUCUCUUCGUAUUUGUCGCUUUUUGGACGGACUAGCAUGCCUUGCCAAUGUUCUAAGUAUAGUGGCAUUGUUGAGGAUUGUUGUUGUGAUUAUGAGACGGUGGACCGACUUAAUGAGGAAGUGUUGCACCCAUCACUCCAAGAGCUUGUAAAAACUGCAUUCUUCCGAUAUUUCAAGGUUAAGUUGUGGUGUGACUGUCCUUUCUGGCCUGAUGACGGUAUGUGCCGCCUGCGGGAUUGCAGUGUUUGUGAAUGCCCAGAAAGUGAGUUUCCUGAACCAUUUCGGAGGCCCCAUUCUGGCCUCUCACAAGAUGAUCCAAUCUGUCAAGAGGGAAAGCCACAGGCCGCUGUGGACCGUACAAUAGAUAGUAAAGCUUUCAGAGGCUGGAUGGUAACAGAUAAUCCCUGGACAAAUGAUGAUGAAACUGACAAUUCUGAGAUGACAUAUGUCAAUCUUCAACUGAAUCCUGAACGCUACACUGGCUACACUGGCCCAUCUGCUAGAAGGAUAUGGGAUGCUGUCUACAGUGAGAACUGCCCCAAAUAUCCAUCUGAAGAGUCAUGCCAAGAGGAAAAGAUAUUGUACAAAUUGAUAUCUGGUCUUCACUCUUCGAUCUCAAUCCAUAUAGCUGGUGAUUUUCUACUUGAUGAAGCUAGAAACUUGUGGGGUCAAAAUCUCUCAUUGAUGUAUGACCGGGUCCUACAAUACCCAGAUCGUGUCAGAAACUUGUACUUCACAUUUCUCUUUGUUCUCCGAGCUGUGACAAAGGCAGCAGAUUUUUUGGAAUAUGCCGAGUAUGAUACUGGUAACCUGACUGAGGACCUGAGGACUAUGUCCUUGAUGAGACAGCUACUUUCCAAUCCUAAACUAAAAGCUGCAUGCCCAAUCCCAUAUGACGAAGCUAAAUUGUGGAGAGGUCAACGUGGACCUGAACUAAAGCAGAAAAUCCAACAGCAAUUCAGAAACAUAAGUGCAUUGAUGGACUGUGUAGGAUGUGAGAAAUGUCGUCUGUGGGGAAAGCUUCAGGUCCUUGGUCUUGGUACUGCAUUGAAAAUCCUUUUUUCUGUCGAUGGUCAGGAACAGUUGGGUCAGACUAUGUAUCUACAACGGAAUGAAGUCAUUGCCCUAAUGAACCUACUGACUCGACUGUCAGAGUCUCUAAAAAUUGUCCAUGAAAUGGGGCCUUCUGUUGAAAAAAUCAUGGAAGGUCAGAUGUCUUCACCCAGUGCUCCAAAGAGCUCAUGGCAAUGGAUAUGAGUAUCCAUAGUCAAAACCAAGGUAAGUAGAAAUCACUGAACCCAAUUUGAGACAGGUAUACGUUACUUCUGAAAAAUAGGAUAUCAAGAAAUUGCAGUGUGGGUUUCAGAAAUAAUGGUCCCAUGGAAAGGAUAGAAUAGAUGUUGUAUAAGAACCAUUUCAAGACAGGCGAAUGCGGUACAUAUUGCUGGUUUUAAAAAUUUUGAAAUCGUGAUAGUGAACAUUCUGCACUUUUAUUUUUCA